GCGAGCUUGAGGCAUUGACCUUUGUCCGAUCGUUUGAUCCUCUCUCCUUCUUGUAUAUAUCCUCUUUGUCAAUUGAUAGCCUCAGCCAGUCCUUCGGUUGCUCGUCAACAUGCGGGCCUUCCGACUGUCGCAUCCCGCACGCAAGUCGGCGGCUUUCCAGCAAGUCCGACAUUUCCAUCCAACCCGCCCAACGCCCUUCAUCAGCGAAGCCCUAGAACUCUCCUCCGCCUACCUCCAUACUGUUCACGACGUCACCCACCUACCAUGGGCUCUAUCCAUUCCCCUGAGCGCUCUGAUCGUCCGAACCACCGUGGCCAUGCCCCUACAAAUCUACAGCAAGCUCCAAGCCCAUCGCGAACGAGACACCAUCCCACUCCUCCUCGCAUGGCAGCAAGUUAUCAGAAAUGAGACUAUACCCGAACGCGACCGAGACUACCCCACUGUGGCACAAAAACAGGCCGCCAUUCGGGAGUCCGCCGCGAAACGACAAUAUCUAUUCCGUCGUGUGGGGAUCGGUCGGUUCUGGAGGCUGACGAACUUCUUGCAAGUCCCCAUCUGGAUCUCCGUCAUGGAAAGUCUCCGCGCCAUGUCGGGCAAUGACCGCGGUCUCGUGGCCUGGCUUCUAUCCUGGAUUCGACCCGAGUCCGCAGAGCUCGCGACUCCCCCAGCGAUCGAGCCCUCGUUCGCUACGGAGGGUGCCCUCUGGUUCCCGGAUCUCCUGGCGGGCGAUCCGACGGGAAUUCUGCCCCUCGCGCUCACCAUGUCGAUCUUAUUCAACGUGCAUAUGGGGUGGAAGACCAAGCCCCUCAGAAGUCUGGCCGAGUUGCCCAAGAUGGCCAUGUAUCGGGAGCUUUCGUUCCGGGGAUUACGGUUUUUCAUUCAGGUGCUGGCAUUGAAUGUGGGGCUGUCUUCCUUUGUGUCGGAGAUGCCCACCGCGUUGAUGAUCUACUGGAUUACGAGUACCAAUACCGCCACGCUGCAGACUUUUGUCCUGGAUCGGUUCCUGCUUCCGGUUAAGCCAUUCACCCCAUGGACGCCAAGAUUCAUGCUGUACAAGCCCGAAAAGAAGGCACCAUCGCCACCAUCACCACGAGUCCUACCCAAGAAGCAGUGAAGUGCAGAUCGGGCGAAUCACUGGAGUAGGUAAUUCCCGACAAUGGGCAACUACAUACGAAGCCAUGCUUACAGGGAACCAGCCCAUUGACGCGGGACUUGGUCAGCCGCGAGAUUCCAGGCGCGUCUUGGAUGGCAAUUAUUUGCCUGGCGCUGUAUGCAAUGUUGUAUCAGUAUCCCUCUGGACGUCCUAUGGAUGCAAUUAGCCCA